GCAACAGCAACCAGUGUUUGUCUUGGACAUUCAAGAAUUAUCACUGAAUUCGUCUUGUGUCGUAUCAAAAAUGGCAAGGGACCUACCGGUAACCUUCCCAUUUGAGUAUGCCAUUCGAGCCUCUGGACAAGGCGAACCGUGGACUCGAAUGGAUUUUACCAAUGAGAAAUUUAAUCAAUAUGGUUGGAGAUGUAGUAAAUACGAGGAUUAUGAAAACCCUAAAGUUUUGAUGGGAAAUUGGCGAGAAAGAUCAUACAGUGAUGGUCUCGUUGAGAAUAUGACUCCAAUGAGAUCUCAGUUUGAUGGUUACUUCAAGACCACCUACCAAGCAGAUUACGGCAGAAAUCCCUAUGCAAUUCCAAAACUGAGUAAAGGGUGCCAAGGUCACUAUACAACUGCCUACCCUGGUCAUAAACCAGUAAACGACUUUCAGAGCCGGUUGGAUAACUUUAGAACCACAUACAGGACCUCCUAUUGUCGUCCACAGGAAGAUUUGAAGAAUCGUCAAUCUGCCCUGAACAUCACGUCCUCUGGGUGGCAACCCUUUGACCAGGAGAAACACCAUAAAAUAUGCAUGAACAGGUGCAUUUGGCAGAAGUAAUAAACAUUUUAUCGUAUUUAUUUUU